AUGACUACGACCACUGAAGACUUAACUAUCGCUACUUGGAACCCGUCUAUUCUGUUCUCAGAUAAACUACUCCCUCUUUCUUCUUCCGACAGUCUUGACCUACCUUCCUUGGUCGAUAUUUCUUCCUCGGCCGUCCACACAACCAACGCUUCAUCGGCUUCCGUUACAUCACAGAAUAUCUCUUCAUCCUGUCUCUCCCGGCCCACUACUUACACAAAUUUACCGACGAAUCAGAAGGGAAAUCACCAGGCUCGGCAGCAGCGAAUUCAGUCGCGGCUACCCAAACGUCGAUCUCCGCCAGUUGGACGCCUUGGCAGCUGCUUUUCAGGCUGGUCUGGCGGGGAAAGUCGUGAGGGUGACAAUUUGGAGUUUCAUACAGGAACCUGGGGCUGGCGACCACCGAGUAUUGAGGGGACCGAAACUAUAUCCAAAAAAGAGUCUGCUGCGAUGUCAUCUCCGAUGAAUGAUUCCGAUUUGUUGAACACCCCACCUGAUGCAAUAGCGGUAGGCUUCUUUAAUCUCCUUAUAUGGCUUAUACUCCAAUCCUUAUUUACGGGAACUAUUGUUGUGAUUGCUUAG